UGGGAGGUGAUAAGUGAUGAACACGGGAUCGACAUCACUGGGAACUACUGCGGGGACGCAUCACUGCAGCUGGAGCGAAUCAACGUGUACUUCAACGAGGCUUACUCCCAUAAGUAUGUGCCCCGCUCUAUCUUGGUGGACCUGGAGCCUGGUACAAUGGACAGUGUACGGUCCAGCAAAAUAGGCCCCCUCUUUCGACCUGAUAAUUUUAUUCAUGGUAAUUCGGGCGCUGGAAACAACUGGGCUAAGGGCCAUUACACAGAAGGUGCUGAACUGAUUGAAAACGUCAUGGAUGUGGUCAGGAAUGAGUGUGAGAGCUGUGACUGCCUUCAGGGAUUCCAGCUCAUCCACUCGCUUGGUGGUGGCACAGGCUCAGGUAUGGGUACACUCCUCAUCAACAAAAUCAGAGAAGAAUACCCUGACAGGAUUAUGAACACUUUCAGCGUUGUGCCUUCACCCAAAGUAUCUGACACAGUCGUGGAGCCAUAUAAUGCCAUCCUCUCCAUCCACCAGCUAAUAGAGAAUACAGAUGAGACCUUUUGCAUUGACAAUGAAGCGCUGUACGACAUCUGUUUUAGAACUUUAAAGCUCACCAAUCCCACCUAUGGUGACCUCAACCACUUAGUGUCCCUCACGAUGAGCGGAGUCACAACCUCGCUGCGUUUCCCUGGCCAGCUGAACGCAGACCUGAGGAAGCUGGCUGUUAACAUGGUGCCCUUCCCUCGCCUGCAUUUCUUCAUGCCGGGCUUUGCCCCGCUGACAGCUCGAGGCAGCCAGCAGUACAGAGCCCUCUCGGUGCCAGAGCUCACCCAGCAGAUGUUUGACGCGCGCAACAUGAUGGCCGCCUGCGACCCCCGCCGCGGGCGCUACCUGACCGUGGCCUGCAUCUUCCGAGGCAGGAUGUCUACCAGAGAGGUGGACGAGCAGCUGCUGGCCGUCCAGACCAAGAACAGCUCCUACUUUGUGGAGUGGAUCCCCAACAACGUCAAAGUGGCCGUGUGCGACAUACCGCCGCGGGGCCUGAAGAUGGCGGCCACCUUCAUCGGCAACAACACUGCCAUCCAGGAGCUCUUCAUCAGGGUUUCUGAACAGUUCUCGGCCAUGUUCAGAAGAAAAGCAUUUCUCCAUUGGUAUACCGGUGAAGGGAUGGAUGAGAUGGAGUUCUCUGAAGCAGAAGGUAACACCAAUGACCUUGUGUCCGAGUACCAGCAGUACCAGGAUGCCACUGCAGAUGUUGAGGAAUAUGAAGAGGUUGAAGUAGAAGCCAGCCCAGAAAAGGAAGCGCUGUAA